GAUGAAGACAUGAAGUCGUCGACUACUUCGAUAUUUUUCGCGCCAAUAAGCCCAGUACCUAUUCAGGAAUCGUGCAACAUUUUCCGUCAUUGUCGAGUUCUUCUUCGGAUUGACUGUUUACUUCGCUUCAUGCAAUUCAGUGGAUUUAAAAGGUGAGAUUUAGUAUUUGGGGUUAUAACUAGGGCAAAAUUUUGAUUCUCCACAAUCAUCAAUGGAGGACGAGAAGGACGCGUUUUACGUUGUGAGGAAAGGCGACAUUGUUGGCGUGUACAGGAGUUUGAAUGAUUGCCAGUCUCUGCUAUGUGGUCCAGAUGUUGAUGUUUUCAAAGGCUAUCGAUUGUCUAACGUUGCUGAAAAAUUCCUCUCCUCACAUGGACUCAAUAAUGCAAUCUAUUCCGUUGGUGUUUCUAAUGUCCAAGGUGACCUUUUUGGACAACUUAUUCCCUGUCCAUUUCAGCAACCAGCUUCCAAUAAAGCUAACAGCAAGACACCUAUAGAGAAGAGGAUGAAGAAAGAUGUUGUUGGAUCAACUUCAUUAUCAGAAGCUCCUCAAAGAAAGUUACCCGAAACAGAAAGCUUUAUAGAGGCUUUACCAGUUUCUGCUUAUUGUUGCUCCUGUAUUCUUGAGUUUGAUGGUGCAGCCAAAAAUAACCCUGGACCUGCAGGUGCUGGUGCUGUGAUCCGUGCAGUAGACGGAAGUCUGGUCUAUCGUCUGCGUGAGGGUUUAGGUGUUGCAACCAACAAUGUGGCUGAAUAUCGAGCUGUGAUUUUAGGUUUAAGGUAUGCUCUGGAGAGAGGGUUUAGACAUAUUCGUGUGCAAGGAGACUCUAAACUUGUUUGUAUGCAGGUUAAUGGGGUGUGGAAGACGAAAACACAGAACAUGACUGAGUUGUGUAAAGUGGCAAAGGAGUUGAAGGAGAAGUUUUUAUCUUUCCAGAUUUGUCAUGUUGAAAGGGAGUACAAUUCUGAAGCAGACGCCCAAGCCAACCUGGCUGUAUAUCUCCAGAGUGGUGAAGUUCAGGAGGAAGUGGAGAGGAGAUAGUUUAGUUUGAACCUUUUCUAAAAUGUCCACUAACAACUCUCUUUACUUUUGGGUCCUUAGAAUGUAAUUCGCAAACGCAAGAAACGAUAUUUUAUAAAAAAAAAAAAAAAAAAAUAGCAUUAGGGGGUGUUUGGUUCGCAAAUGCCGGUAUUGGGUGGGGAUGAGUAUAUAUCAUUGAAGUCAGGGGGAGCAUUUGCCUUAAGCUAAGGGUUUCAUGAUUUAUUCAUCGUAGCAGAUUAUAUAUACACAUGACAUAUAUCAUUGAAGUA